CCUUGGGUACUUCGAGAAGGGGGAAAUAUACCUGUCAUCAUUUCCAUUAAAAACUGGAUAGCAUACCACGGUCAGUAUAAUCAAGCAAAACAUCCAAAGAUGGAUUGCUUGUGAAAGCACCGGCCAUGCAUGUAGAAGAUAGAUUCAACAUUCCAGCUCAUUUCAAUGCAAUCUUCCUUCAUCCAACAGAGCUUCGUUUCCUGUCUUGCAUCUAUGCAAGAAGCCUCUGUCAAUCCCACCAUCAAACAAUGAAUUGAAUUCAGCUUCCAGUGUUGCUGUCUUUGUGGAGUUAUCUGACUCUAUUCAGAAAGAGAUCUUCAUGGGGCUUAUGGGCCACGUACUGGCACCCGCUAGACAUGCUUGGUCGCAUUUUGCUCCAAUUACAGUAGUUGGAACUUGGAACUACAACUACCCACCUUGACACCUUGUAUAUGUGUGUGCGUGUCCUAAAAUCAUAAACGGGCCAUCCAUUGUUUAUAUUAGAGGAGGUAUUGUUUAGCCCAAUAUUCUCUCAGGUUAAUCUUUACUUACUCAGCCCAAAUCGUCCAUCAAACUCAGCCCAUCUCUACUCCACUCUGAACCCUGAAGUUCAUCUUUAAAAUACUCAAAACCCUAACCUCAAACUGCUAGCUAUCCUCUCUUAAACCCUAAAUCACACGCGUACUGCUUGUUCACACUGCACUGAUCUGAUAGUGAUAACCAACAGCAGCUUGCAGGUUUACCUCCCCUUCUUCAACUGUCACCGUCUGUCCAUUAUGGCAGCCCUUCCAACACCAUCUGGUUUUAGCCCCAAAACCGUGGAGAAAGCUGUGAACGCUCUUCUCAAAUGGAGAUCGUCCAAAUUGAAUACCCAAAAGCCUCAACUACUGGAACAUGACGAGUUUGUCUACCUUAUCUUAACCCUCAAAAAGAUCCCACAUAAGGGUGUCAGCCGCAUCAACGCCCACAAAAUCCCUCUCCCUUGCCCCUUAACCAACCCUCUAACUGAAGCCCCUGAGCUCUGCUUAAUCAUCGAUGACAGACCCAAAUCAGGCCUCAAUAAAGAUGCUGCCAAGAAGAAGAUUCAAAACGACAACAUACCCAUCUCCAAAAUCAUCAAGAUUUCCAAGCUCAAGACCGAUUACCGUCCUUUUGAGGCCAAGAGGAAACUCUGUGAUUCUUAUGAUAUGUUCUUUGCUGAUAAAAGGGUGGUUCCUCUCUUGCCUAAGAUGUUAGGGAAACAGUUUUUUAAGAAGAAGAAGAUUCCGAUGACUUUGGAUUUGAAGCACCAAAAUUGGAAGGAGCAGAUUGACAAGGCGUGUGGGUCUGCCUUGUUGUUCCUGAGGACUGGAACUUGUAGUGUGGUGAAGGUAGGGAGGAUUUCGAUGAGUAGAGAGGAGAUUUCCAAAAAUGUGAUGGCUGCUAUUAAUGGGAUCGCGGAGAUUGUGCCCAGGAAGUGGGGUGGUAUUAGGUCUUUCCAUUUGAAGUUGCUUGAUAGCCUGGCUUUGCCUGUUUAUCAGGCAGUUCCUGAUUUGAAGUUGAAGAUUGAUGGUAGUGCAAAAGAGCAGGAGGAGGAGGAUGUGGUCGCUGAGGAGGAAGAUAAGGUUAAAGAGGGGAAAAUUGGGAAAAAGAAGGGAAGGAUACAUGAGGUUAGAUAUAUGGAUAAUAACGAUGAUGGUCGGGUUGUUGAUGAGGAUGAAUUGGGGAGUGUCUUUGAAGGGGAUAUUGAUAACCAUGCUGAUGAUGAUGUUGAAAAGGGCAGUGAUGAAUUAUUGAAUAAGAAGAGAAAGAUGGGAGAUAAUAAAGGGAAAGGUGAGAAGAAGGUAGCUAAAUUGAAGAAAGAAGAUGGUUUCAAGCAAAAGAAAGCAAAGAAUGAAGAUGUUACCAAGCAAAAGAAGAUAAAGAAAAAUGCUUUGGCUUUAGAGAGUGGGGGAAUGCAAGUGAAGGAUAACAAGAAGAAGAAAAGAUUGGCUGCAUAAUGAUUGAAUGCCGCUUCCUGGAGAGUCGACACAAGGAAAUUUGCUGCUUGCUUAACUUGGAGAGAAUCAGUGCAUGGUUGUAUGCCUGUCCUUUUAGCAGAUUUGGUCUGAGGUUUUAAUUAUGGUAUUCAUGAUGUCAACUUUUUUUUUAGUUUAUUUAUAUUCAGAAAUUUAAUAUGAAUGUUUUUUUUCUCCUUAAUUAUGUUUCUUGAUUAUGGAGAACAGAUAGAAUGGUAAUUUGAUAGUCAGUCUUUCA